AUGGGGAAAAAGGAGGACCUCGGAGAACCAAAGUACUCAGUAAAGGUCAUUGAGGACAAACUGAGAUCGACCUUCAUUCUGAUGAUCCGCUAUCUAAAGGAGACAGACGCCGGGAACUACAUGUGUUACAUCAAAAUUCAAAAUACAGACUAUACUGAUUGGCCAAAGAAAAUCGGGACACUUGUCGUUCAGGUGGCCCCAACUAUCAACAUAGUGGGCACCAGUGUGUAUGAGGUCGUGGUCGGAGGGAGUCUCAACCUGUCCUGCUCAGCUUAUGGCGUACCGUCUCCAAACAUCACCUGGAAACGUGAGGACGGCGGGGAACUGAGCAUGGGAGGCUUCCAGUACUGGGGUGCCACUCUGUACCUCAAAAACAUCCAAAAGGAGGACCAAGGGAACCACAUAUGUGUGGCCGACAACUCCGUGAGGCCACCUGACAGUUACACCGUCCAGAUCAAAGUCUUCUACGCUCCAACAUGUCGGUCGGUCCAGAAUUCUGUUGGGCAGGCGCAGAACCGACGUUUCAACGCCAAACUCGAAUGUAUCAUCGAAGGUCAUCCGGAACCGUAUAUGUUUUGGGAGAGAUACGAAAACACCAAACGCAUGGAAAUCCAAGAUGAUGUCAACUAUGAGACACAUAAAUUGUCAGGCAAUCAGAACUCACUGGAACAAAUGUGGUACUCGCUGCUCGUGAAGAACGUGCAAGCAAACGACUACGCCGACUAUUGGUGCGUCGCGGUAAACAAGUACGGCUCGUGCGAAUCGAAAUUCGCACUCUUUGAAACCAUGGAAUGUCAAGGCUUCAACUGUCCAUCCCUUAAAACCUCGGGAUCCAAUCAAAAUAUCGCUUACUUCCUGCCUUCGGUAUUCGCUGCAGUAUGUGUCACUUUCAUUCAUUGGAUGCUACUGUAAAGUGCUUGGAACUUGUGAAUCAUACGUGAACCAUGGAGAAUGAAAGAAACCGGGACGAAAACGGAAGCUCUUCUGAAAAUUGGGUGUAUAAGUACGUGUAUAAAUAAGUUAUAACCAUCACGGCUGUUGUUUAUUGAGGAAAAUCAAACGAGUGAUAAUUUGACGGCCUACAAAUACAAUAAUUACAUAUAGUCGUCCUGGUGAAACAGUUUGGAUAUAUGUCGAUAAUUAUCAUUUAGGGUUAAGAGUUCGUUGGAAAGAUGUAUAGAAGUUUUAAAAGAAACAAAAUGUUUUGUCAAACAAUUUCUUGAAAUAAUUAAGAUGCAAUUUUAAAAAGAAGACUAAGAUUUUCUGUUCAUGAAUAAUUGAUUAUUAUGCAGGGAAAUAAAACAAAUGGCAUCCGAUAUAUUUACCUCUCUCUCUUAUUGCCCUUAAAAGACCAUUAUCGUAAAUUCAGAUGCCAUUCAUAUCAACUGUAAACAGCAUGGCCUAUCUGUAAACAUCGUUGGAACCAGAAUCAAAAAACACAAAAGAUAAAAAGUAUAUCACUGUGUAAUGAGUUCUUAAAGAUUAAUCACCACUGAAAUUUUGAAUGGUUAUACAUCAAAAUAGUAAAUGAUUGCCAAUUGCUAGGUAUCACCGUUAUUUCCAUAUGCAUUCCUAUCGACUAAGAAUGCAUAGUUAUUUAAAGUUUAAUCAAUUUCAUAAUUGAUCAAUGAAACACAACUUCAAAACUGCAAAAUUUCGAAACAUACGUUCAACAUUGUUCAUAGUCAGGAACAUCAAAACACUUUUCAAAUCAUAUGUAAGAGAAAUGCGGUGAACUUAUUACGGACAAGACUAGUUUAUCAUUCUAUAUAUAUAUAUAUAUAAGUGUACCAUUUUAUCUUUUGACUUCAGUAACAUCCAUACAUUUAUCACAUCAAUUUUAUUAUAUAUUAUACAUGUAUAUUAUAACCCUUUCUGUCAUGUAAUACGUGUAAUGCAAUCAUCACCAUAUGACGAAUGUGUAAUAACACUGUUGUAAAACCACAACACACGUGUAAUAACACUGUUGUAAAACCACAACACACGUGUAAUAACACUAUUGUAAAACAACUACACACGUUUAAUAACACUAUUGUAAAUCCAUCACACACGUGUAAUAAUACUAUUGUAAAACCAUCACACACGUGUAAUAACACUAUUGUAAAACCAUCACACACGUGUAAUAACACUAUUGUAAAACCAUCACACACGUGUAAUAACACUAUUGUAAAACCAUCACACACGUGUAAUAACACUGUUGUAAAACCACAACACACGUGUAAUAACACUAUUGUAAAACCAUCACACACGUGUAAUAACACUAUUGUAAAACCACAACACACGUGUAAUAACACUAUUGUAAUACCACUACACACGUGUAAUAACACUUGUAAAACCAUCACACAAGUGUAAUAACACUAUUGUAAAACCAUCACACACGUGUAAUAACACUGUUGUAAAACCACAACACACGUGUAAUAACAUUAUUGUAAAACCACUACACACGUGUAAUAACACUUUUGUAAAACCACUACACACGUGUAAUAACACUUUUGUAAAACCACUACACACGUGCAAUAACACUAUUGUAAAACCACUACACACGUGUAAUAACACUAUUGUAAAACCACUACACACGUGUAAUAACACUAUUGUAAAACCACUACACACGUGUA